AUGUUACUAGAACUAUGCCUAGUAGUUGGCGGCGUUUACUUCUACAAGAACAGAAAAAAGCGAAGAGCAGAAGAAGCCGCCCGUCAAGAAUGGUACAACUCCGGACGAACACAGUCCCCACCGGUACCACAAGGAUACCCGCCCUAUAACGAAAGUUAUAAUAACCAAGAUGCCCCCCCGAAAUCUCCGUCGAUGCAGAAACCGCCGGUUGUAUAUGGAAAUUCACAGCAACGGCCUACAUCGCCACAUGGUGGGCAACCGGUUAUGGCUGGGCCAGUACAUGGUGGAUAUUCCGGGGGCGGGGAUGCACCACCAGCAUAUGCGACUUUAAGGCCGCAGAGUCAGAAUCUAGGGUACGAGAGGCAGGAUUUCUAUGAUGGGUCGAGGGGGGAUCAGAAAGGUGCUGGCAGAUCUUAA